GAUUUGCGCGCGAGUUGCCGCAUCUAUUAAGGGAUGUCGUCACAGGGAGGCGGUUAAGGACGUUGCUCCUCCCCCGCGCAUCCUCACUGCCGUCUGACCCCUCUGCCGUAUGAAGUCCUAAUCUCUGAUGUAAUGAUAGAAUAAUGCGCAGCUCUUGUGAGGAUCUAUUCAUGCCACAUCCUCUAUAUAGUUUACUUUCUAUUAUUUCAUAGAAGGGCUUCGGGCUCCAAUGGACCCUGAACAUUGUUUGUUCCUCCUUUCCUGCUUUUAGCCUUUGCUAUAUUGGAGCCAUUUUUAUACUUUUACCCCUUGAUAAUAUUUAGCUGCCUUCAGUACUGUCUUAGAUAUUUCUUGUAUGAUAGAUAAGUUGUUCCCUGAAUGGCUGACAUAGGUUAAUAAUUGUAAGUUGGUAUUUUAUGACCCAUUCACUCGGACUGCAUUAUGUCUGAGCCGACUCAAGCACAUCCUACGACUUCUGUCUGUCCCGCAGGACUUUCAGACUUUUCCACCCCCGCCGGUGAGGGUGUGGUUAAUGAACAAGCCACAAACUUAAGCAUAGUUGAGUUGACUGAUAUUGAAUACACACAACUGCAGCAGCUCCUGUUUUCACACAUAGAUUCCCAGAGUAAUGAGUUGGAUGCAGAUACAAGGAUGAGCCCUUUCUUUACAUCCAAUGCUCCUCAGUAUCAGUCUACCAGCCUCACAACUAGCAGCGUUGAAGGACACAAUGUCCACCAGGUCAAAUGUCCGUCUGCGGUGUCCACUGACAAUAACAUUGUGCAUGCCAACCAAACUUUAGGACACGUUGACUUUCAGCAACUGAGGAUGAUGAUGGUUAGUGAAACCAUCUUCCCUCCCCCAAGUUGUAACUUGGCUGAACAACAACCAAUUCACAUUAGUGGUGACUCCUCGGGGGCAGUUCCAAUGCAAUUGGGGCCAACUUGUGGUGUCAUUGAGCUUAAUAAGGAAAAUAUGAAUAUAGGUGACAUAUCUGAACCCAGAAAGUCUUCGGUUCGUGUUCGUUUGGAGGACAGAUUUAGCAGUUUACCGACAGAUGUACCCAGGUGUACAGAAGUGCCGAAGGCCAGUGUAACCAUGAACAAUUUGAUGACCAUUAUCCAUCACCCCUCACAAAUCACAGGCACUCUGCCACCAGGCAACUGCACCCCCAUAGUGAAAAACCACACUGCCCAAUCGUCACUUCAGACGGCCUGUUCUGGCAACAACCUACAAAAUACAACUUUAGUCGGAAACACUGAUUCGUCCCUUAAACAGACUCGUUCCUCUCUCAACUGUGGAGCAUCCUGUCCCUUAUUGGAGGCAGCAAGGAACCAGGAGAUCUCUCUAUCCCGAGGACUUUCCUUUUGCUGUCAGCAGGACAUUCAGUCAUUUAAACAGGACUUGGGACUUCGAAAUACAUUUUUGCCCGAGGAGAUCUUGAUAAAAGUGGAAGAUACAUCGUGUAAGGAAUCGGUAAAGAAGAGAAGUCGAAUACAUCUAACAUAUGCCAACAUGGAGAGGAGAGUCCUGAGUGACAUUAGCAACACUUGCCAGAGGGUAAACUGGGCACCUACACAGGGUAAAGCGGCAGAGCAGGGGAGUGAUAGCAAGCAGACCGGUUUGUCACAACGCAGGGAAAGACACAAUCGAAUGGAGAGGGACCGCAGGCGUAGAAUUCGGGUAUCCUGCGAUGAGUUAAACAACUUAGUUCCAUUUUGUUCGAUUGAGACAGAUAAGGCAACCACACUACAUUGGACUGUGGCCUACCUGAAAUACAUCCAAGAGAGACACGGGGACACUAUAAAAAAGGAGUUUGAAGCCGUUUCCGUUGCACGAACAGAAAGUGAACUGAAAGUCACCACAAGAUCUGCCUCAGCCCUGGAGGCAACGGUGGGAAGCCGCUCACUCCAGGAUGUCAAGUAACAGGGUGUAGGACUCAUGAGGUGCUCCAGAGGACAGAGGACAUUUAACCAAACACUUUGAUUUGUGAUCUAUUUUACAUAAUAUAGAU